AUGUGGAGGAUUAUUCUGACUGUCAGUCUGCUCUACUGGAGCUCUGAAGGCACAGUGACCUGCAGAAACAACAACAAUGGAGAAGUGGACUGGUACAUCAUAUACAAGGCACCCAAACUGAAAAACCAGUUCUCUGGUUUGGAAUAUAUUUACGCUGAUUCAGCUGAUUCAGCUGUGGCCUCCGGGACUGACCCUAAGUUAAUCAACAACCCUGAAGGUGUCCUGGCAAACACCCUGCAGCCCCUUUUCACAAAGACCAGAAUGAUGCCACCAAACUUCGGGUUCAUCAGCUACAGUGAUCAACCUCCAGGAAGUCAGGCAGGGGUUCUGAUGGUGAACCGGAGCAGCACUGGAGUCUGGCUCGCACACAGCACUCCGCAGUUCCCUUACAGAAGAGAUAAAAAUCGUUUCUGGCCUAAAAGUGGAGAAAGAAACGCUCAGAUGUUCAUCUGUGUCACAUUCCCCUAUGAGCAGUUUCAGCAUAUAGGUAAACACCUGCAGUACAUCAGAGCUUUCACAUUUGAACAUGAUAUUCCAGAGGACUUCUAUCAAGAACUACAUGACGCUAUAAACUGGGUCAAAAUCCCCCCAUCUAAUAAUGCUCAGCGGCUGAUAUCAAGAGGAGGGCAGGAGUUUCAUAGCUUUGCUAAACAAAUGUCACCAGUGAAAGAAGUGGGAGAUCUUUACCUGACGAUAGCGUGGACAUUUGGUAGAGAUUUGUAUGUGCAGACGUGGGGCUGCCAGACUGGCCGUGACAGUUCCUCCUGCCAAUCAGAUCAACAUAAAGUGAUCAAUAUUAAAUCUAUAAACACUGGUUUGGGUAAUUGGGAGGCUUCAAAUGAUCAUUCCAAGUGGUGUGUACCUACAGACAACCUGUUAUGGACCUGUAUUGCUGAUGUAAACAGAGCAAAAACCCAGUAUGAAAGACGUGGAGGGGCACUGUGCUUUAUAAGUGCAGACAUAAGCCUCCUAUUUCACACUUUUAUUAGGGGCUUUGAGCCGUGCACAGGAGGCAUCCAUCACUUCUAUCCGUCUGAUGUAGAGGAACACAUGGGAGGAGGAAGGAAGGACAGGAAGAUGGCGCUGAUGCAGCUGGCGUCGGUGGAGGAAGCCAUUGAGGCUCUGAUCGCUCUGCACGACCACCAGCUGGAUCACAACCAGCACCUCCGCGUCUCCUUCUCCAAGUCCACCAUCUGA